AUGCCAGGUGGCUAUCCUGGCACUGAUCCCCAGCAUGUGUACAGCAACGCUGCAAACCAUACGUAUACAGCACAUGACCCAUUCGCGCAACUUCGCAACCAGAUCGGUCAUGGCAUGCAGAACGGGCUGCAAGCACUUGGAAGUGGCACGCGUCAGCUCACCAAUCUGAUGUUCGGCUCGAGCGCUCGUCCUUAUGACCUGGAUGAUGACGAUGACGAUGAACUAGAAUACGUUGGACACCGCCAGCUUCCAGGAUACGCCAAUUUGUACGAUGGUCGUGAGGAUCUCUAUAAUCAACGCUACAAUGACUUUGCCGCUUACGACCCUUCAAAGUCGAAGGAGGAGUUGGAAGCAUUGCUAGCAAACAUUCGUCCGGAUGAGGACAUGCCUGCGCAUCUCCGUGUUCAGACUCCAGAGGACAUGUCUGUGAGGCUGCACAAGUAUCAGGAGCUGGGUCUCACUUGGUUGAAAAACCAGGAAGAGAGCUCGAACAAGGGCGGCAUUCUUGCGGACGAUAUGGGACUGGGAAAAACUAUUCAGAUGCUCUCUCUCAUGGUUACCCGAAAGUCCGAUGAUCCUCGCUGCAAGACUACGCUCAUCAUCGCCCCUGUUGCGCUGAUGAGGCAGUGGAAGUCGGAGAUUAGAAACAAGCUGAAGCCUAACAAGCAGCUGACAGUUUUUACUCACCACGCCACGCACAAGGCCAAGAGCUUCGACGAGCUGCGCCAUUUUGACGUUGUGCUGACUACCUACGGCACCAUCGCAGCAGAGCUGAAGCGACUGGAGAAGUUCCAGUUGAGACAACUGGCAAAUCCGGGCGCGCGAAUUCAGCCAUCACAUAGUGAGAAGACCAUAUUUCUUGGCGAGAAUGCUCCCUGGUACAGGGUUGUUCUGGACGAAGCACAAUGCAUCAAGAAUCGGACAACGCAGACAUCCAAGGGUGCUUGCUUGCUCAAUGCUAAAUACCGCUUCUGUGUCACCGGCACCCCGAUGAUGAACAAUGUAGAAGAGUUCUUCUCUCUGAUUCAGUUCUUGCGGAUCAAGCCAUAUUGUCAUUGGCAACGCUUCCGGAACGACUUCAACACACCUUUGCGCUCCUCCAGCGAUCAAGUCCGCCAGCAGGCCAUGAAAAAGCUGCAAAUUCUAUGCAAGUCCAUUAUGCUCCGUCGUACAAAAAAGAGCACAUUUGAGGGCAAGCCGAUCCUUGUCCUGCCUGAGCGUACCACGGAUGAAGUCAACCCAGUCUUCUCCGAAGACGAGACGGCUUUCUACCAUGCUCUGGAGACGCAAUCACAAGUCACCUUCAACAAAUACCUGAGGGCUGGCACGGUCGGUCAAUCGUAUUCUGCGAUCUUGGUCCUUCUCUUGCGCCUGCGCCAGGCGUGCUGUCAUCCUCACCUGAUCAAGGACUUUGGUGUCGCUGCUGCUGCUGAUAUGAGCGAGGACCAAAUGCUUGACUUCGCUCGACAGCUGGAGCCACAAGUCAUCGAGAGAAUCAAAGCCACAGGAGGGAACUUUGAAUGCCCUGUCUGCUACGAUGUGACUGCUAAUCCUGCCAUCUUCAUUCCCUGCGGUCACGACACGUGCUCAGAAUGCUUCGCCAAGAUUGCUGACCCUGCGAUGGCUAUUCAGAAUGGCGACGAGCGUGGUCAGGCCCGGUGCCCCAACUGCCGCAGUAACAUCGACCCGAAGCGUCUCACAGACUUCAACAGCUUCAAGAAGAUCCACAUGCCUGAGCUUCUGACACAAGAGGAGCAGGCCUCUAUGGAGGAAGAUAUGGUCGACUCCGAUUCCGAUAGUGAUGAAGACAGUGACUCUGAUAUCGAAGAGAAAGAAGACGAGUAUGAAGACGACACCUUGGAUGGCUUUAUUGUGAAUGAUGAAGACGAAGUCGAGGCGGACGAGUCAGAUUCCGACGACCUCGAUCGGAAGCCAAAGAGAGCCAAGAAGCGAGUUGUGGUUGAUGAUGAGGAGACUGAUUCCGAUGACCUGGAUAUCAAGCCAGCCAAGAUCAAGACCGAGGUGAAUAUUAACGCAGGACCUUCCAAUGCGGUGAUCGAUGAGGCUGAUGAGGCUGAUGAGGAGAAGCCAGCCAUCAAGAAGAAAUCGAAGGAUAAGGGCAAAGCUAAGGAGAAGGGCAAGGGAAAGGGGAAGGGGAAGCAAAAGGAGAAAAAGAAGAAGAACAAGGCCUCCAAGACUCUUGCUGAGCUCAAGAAGGAAGCAUCUCGCAACAAGACGGCGAAGAAGAAGUAUUUGAAGCGGUUGCGCAAGGACUACAUGGGCUCUGCCAAGAUCGAGAAGACCAUGGAGAUCUUGGAAGAGAUCAUGCAAGACAAGGAGGGCGAGAAGGUGUUGAUCUUCAGCCAGUGGACUUCUUUGCUUGAUUUGCUUGAGAUCCCGAUUGACGAGCAGGACUACGGAUAUCGUCGGUACGACGGUAGCAUGAGCGCCAGCAUGCGUGGUGACGCUGUCGACGAUUUCUGUGACGACCGCAAGAACGUCCGCAUCAUGCUGGUUUCACUGAAAGCUGGCAACGCGGGACUGAACCUCAACAUGGCCAGCCAAGUCAUCAUUCUUGAUCCCUUCUGGAACCCAUAUAUCGAGGAGCAGGCUAUUGAUCGUGCUCACCGCAUUGGGCAGAAACGCCCAGUCAAGGUCCACCGUGUCCUCAUCAAGGGAACAGUCGAGGAUCGCAUCAUCGCCCUGCAAGAGAAGAAGCGUGCCUUGAUCUCCGAAGCGCUUGACGAGCAGCAAUCUCAGCAGCUCGGCCGUCUCGGUGUUCGCGAAUUAGCGUACCUGUUCGGCGUCACCAAUGAUCCAAACCAGCAAGUUGCCUACCAGCCGCGUCAACGCCAGCGCUAGGCGGUAAAUACAAUUCUAGAUGAUUCGAAACGAAUAACGCACCAUACCAUGUAUUGCUAUCGGGAACUGGCGUUCUCGCGUACAUAGUCCCCAGGAUUCCGCACCUAUAGGCAUGCGGCAUUGAGGUCUCUUCACGGCGUUGAGGGGUACUGAUGAUGUGGUGAGAAUAAUGCAGUGAUACCCUCAAAAUAGCACCAUGGUGUGGCAUUAGAUGCAAAUAUUAAUAAACUUGGCU